AUGCGCGAGAACGGGCCGCGCGGGCUUGUGGGGUUUGUGGGCGUGUUCUUUGUGAACGAUACAGGCCCUCCUAGGCACAGUAAGCCCCUGCUGGCAUGGCUGCGACGGCUGGAGGAGCAGGUCCAGACGCUGCAGGAAGUGACUGUGGCUCAGCUCCAGGAUGUCACCCUCCGUAUGAACGCGCAGUUCCACAACCUGAGCUUGGACAGCAGGGCAGUGGCCCAGGUCCUCAACCACUCGCAGGUGGCACUACAUGGCACCCUGGGCCACCUGAAGACUGCACUGAGGAAGACACAGCGCCAGGGCCACAAGACAGACACACGGCUACAGGCUCUGGGGGCUGCCCUGAAUUGGAGCAAGGGCCAGCAGGCGCAGGAGCAGGAGGCACAGAGAGAAGCACUGAGCAGCCUGGCCCUAAACGUGCGGGACCAGCAGGCCAUGCUGGCUAAGCUCCUGCACCUUGUGCAGAGCCAGGGGGCUAGGUUGGCUGCACUGGGGCUGCUUCUACAGGGGACAGGGCCUGGCACGGCUGUCCCGCCCAGCCCACCACCCCUGAGUAUACCUGAGCCACCACAAGGUAAAGAGACACUCUCAGCACCUUCUGAGCCUGGAGUCCAUCCCCAGGACUUCACAGACCAUCUUGGGGCCACACAGGUGCCCACUAGCCUCAGAAGCCAGAGCCCACGAUCCCACGAAAACUAUCAGAAAAUUUGCAGCGUGGGUCCAGUGCUUGUCUUCCCCACUGCCUCCACCGAGAAUGCCGUCUUCCUGCGAUCCGGCUUCCAGGCUGGCCUGCGUGCCCUGUCAGUCUGCAGCUGGGUGCGUGCCGCCCCAGGCCACCUGGGCACCCUGCUGUCCUACGCCACAGAGGACAACGACAAUAAGCUGGUGCUACAUGGCCGCGACUCCCUGCCACGAGGCUCCAUCCACUUGGUCAUCGGGGACCCAGCCUUCCGGGAGCUGCCACUGCAGCCACUACUGGAUGGCCACUGGCACCACGUAUGCAUCCUGUGGGCCUCGGACCCAGGCACCUAUUGGCUGCAUGUGGACCGCAGGUUGGUGGCCACGGGCUCUGGUUUCCGGAAGGGCUAUGAGAUACCGCCUGGUGGCUCUCUGGUGCUGGGCCAAGAGCAGGACAAGGUUGGGGGUGGGUUCGAUAGCUCAGAGUCCUUCGUGGGGAGCCUGGCUGGCCUGGCCAUCUGGGAUAGAGUGCUGUUCCCCAAAGAAGUGUCAGAGCUGGCCAUGGGACAGGCGCCCCCCAGAGGUGCCAUCCUUACACUGGCAGAUGCCACCCCCAAGGGCAGGGUACAGUGGGCCAAUUGCUCCUGCCUUCAGCUCUGUCCCUGAAGCAGAAAAUCUAGCACCUGCCCCACAUUCCUAGGGCCACCAGACAGAGGGAGGGGAAGGCGCUGUCCCCUGUGUAGGAGGGAGCAGAGAGGUGAUAAGGACUCUAGGACAUGGGAAAGGCAGACAGGCAGAGAUGGAGUUUGUGUGUCUGGCCUCCUGCCAUGGCUCCUUAUGGCAUCCAGGCCUGUUCACUGGCCCCACAUGGCCU